AUGCGUGUCGGGCCCUGAUCGCGGCGUCACGAUCCCCCCAUGGGGGCCUGUUCACCAUCUAGCCGCCCACGACGGUCAGACCUGUCUGACGCCCGACUUGGUCCUCUGACCCAAGACUCCAGCCGUAGAGUGGUUUCGCCAAGGAGCAUUGAUGAGACUCCCGAUUGGACAACGGAGCAGCAAUGGGUGGUAAGACCUGUUGGGCUUCGAGCAUCGAUGACUGCCGGUGGGUAGGUAGGCGCGUAGAUUGGCCUGUCACGCCCUCAUCACCCUUCGUAUGAGCAAAUUUGACGCAGCGUUCCUGACCAUGCCGCUCUCAAAUAGGGAUGGGUAUGCCAGUCUCUCCUUCGUGAUGCCUUUGACUCCCUUCUUCAGCAUUCACCAUUGAUACUCACGCAAUUCACUCAGACGUGUACCAAGAGCACCCAUAGAUUCGAACACGGCAGUCACAGGAACAUGACAAUGGUCGCUUGCCCUCUGAGCAGUCAAGCUCUUCAGCCCGGCGCCUCUUCUUCCUGGCUGUCAGCACCUCAUCAGGCAGCAGCUGAAGCAGCAAUGAAGCCGCAAGUAGCUCAAGUCCCUCAAGCACAGGAGACAACACCGGUAGCUUCAUUAUCACUGAGCAAUGUGGCCGUUCAGGUUCAAGGGACCACAUCACUCAACGAACAUUCCGACUCGUACGCCCGCGUGUCUGGAUUUGGAACAGCUACUACCGAUGCCGGGCCAAGCAACUUUUCUACUCCACUUCGCCGCUUCAGCUCUGCCGACACAAGCUCCUCGACGAUGCUGCCUGCUCAAGUACAAGCGGGCAGCGACUGGCAGCUAUCAAGGGACGGGCCUACUCCCGAAUGUACGCCGACAGAGAACUCGGAAGCUGGCCACACCUCGCAGCGCAGAAGGAGGAGCAGUAAGCAGCACAAGCAGCAACGUCGCCUGUCGGAGAGCCCCUCCCCAUGUCCCUCUAGACGUCCCUCCUAUCAGGCCGAGGCCGGAGGCAACAAGAGACAAAGGACCCCUGCCUCCAGCAGCUCACGACACCCCAGCUUACCCGUCAAGCUUCCGCAACCGGACAUCGUCAUCCUCUCUGAUCCAUACAAGGAUCUCACUGGUCACUUGCGUCGUCACGGUCUCUUCGCUGAAGCGCAAGCAUUUGCCGAAGCUGGUGUGCCGGCCAACUAUGUCCUUCAUGGCUACAUGACUGCAGCCACUGGAGGUCCACCGGCCCUUCUGGAGCAGACGAGUCGCUUGCUUGUCAAGCAUGGGCAAGAAGUGGCCCGUCAAAUGGCCAAAAGCAAGCUGGACCACACGACACGGAAUGUAGCCAGUGCUUUACCGGAAUGCCUGACAUUCGACAUUGAGUCUCUGGAUGCCCAAGCCGAGGAAAAUGGCUUGACACCGACGCAUGUGUUCGCCCUUCACUCCUCUAUGCCAGCCGAAGGACGGAACGGUACUGCCAGCCCAGCCUCAAGCAAUGGCAUGCUAGUCCCUAUCCAUGCCCUUGCGUACGUUCUUCAAUGCGUGUCUCUCCCAGCUUUGCCUUCGGCGAGCGCCUGUCCAGCAGCCAGUACCACAGGGAUGCGAGACAUGCCCGUAGUUCCUCUCAGGAUCCCGUGUCCACAGGCCUUUCCGGUGAUGCAUCGCUUCAUCUACAACCACAACGCUACCGAGCUACUCUGUUCACUCUUGCCUAUCCGGCACAUCACGACGACUCUCAAUCGCAGCAGUAGCCCCUUUGGCGUUCCCACCCUGGGGGCAGAUGCGACGACUCUCCCGAAGCACUUUACUGUGACCCGAGCCGUGCAGAUCCUCUCAGAGCUGCCAGUCUCUGAGCUUCUAGGCCACGCCAAGCAAGUGCAUGCGUGCUGGGCUAAUGGCAUUGCCGUGGGUCUGCUGAGUCACCUCUAUUGGAGCACGCUGGAUCGAGCUUGGGACAUGAUCGUGGGCGCCAUGACACUCAAGCGAGGUCGCCAGGUGCUUGAGCAGGAGAUGGAGAGGACCCUCCUGAGAGAUCGGGAGGCGAGCGCAGAUGUGUCUGCCCCGUCGAGCGCGUGAUCGUCACGCUGAUGGCGGGUAGCGCGAGGGCUACGAGACGACUGUACAUACACGAUGAUAAUGGAAUACCCGCGCUUGACGCUUCCAA